UCCAUUUUUAGUUCAGGCUUUUUUUUUUUACUUGAUGGCCCUUAAGAGUUCCCCUUGCUUAAAAAACAUUACACAUUUCAACAGCCAAGUAGUUUGGCCCUCACAUUUUACUGGAGACCAGAAAAGAAGCUGUCCACAUGCUUUUUAUGGUCCAACAUUUUCAGGCACUGGAAGCAAGAAUGUGCCAUGUGCACUCCACAUUGUUAUGGACUGUGCAUGUCAGUGACUGUCUUGUUUUGUGUUCUUGCCAUGAUGUGGCUUUAUCCCAGACCCACAUGUCUCGCUAUCAGAUCUUUUAGUCCUUUCUCAGUGCACUACCAAGAAAACAGAGCUGUCCAGCACCUGAGAAAAGGAUUUGCACACACAUACUCUACACUCUUUUAGACUACUGCUGAAAAAAAAAAAUAACAAGUGCUCAUCUGUCAGAUGGUUGUUUGUGAAGUUCAGAUCAAAGCUAGUUUGGAGAUUUUGGGGAGGUAGGGAGCAUAUGUCCUGAUGAUAAGCUCUGGAAAUCAUGUGGUCAUAAAUGGGCUCUGGAGUGAGAUCAAACCCAGCCCAAUUGGAAGAAUCUGCUGUGUGCCUUCAAUUGGGUCUCAUUGUAUGAAAUCUAGUAACUCACAUACAGUGGCUUCAUUGUUUUUUCCUUUUAGCAGUUUUGCCCAUUUGCUAUGUCUAAACUUUAGAAAUUCCCGUUUGCGUUCCAUCAUCCUCUGCCUUUCUUCUUUCUUCUCUGCUGUUUUUAACGGGCUCUCUAUAGUCUGUUAUCAAGGCUUUGGCUGGUGGGUUGGAAUGCAGGAUCUGGCUCACUGAUGCAUGUACAGGCAGGUCUGCACUGCAAAGUCUGCUCUUCUUUGCUCUGAAUAGACAGCAGUCCAACGAACGGAGUAUACAUUCACAUUUAGUUUGAUGUAGGAUUGUUAGGAAGUGGCUGAAGGACCAUUAAUGAAAUAUGGUGAUAUUGCAUUGCUGGACCACUGGUGACAGGAUGCUCAGAUAUUAGGAGGAGAAACAAAUAGCACAGACGAUAUGGACCGUGUGAACAGAAAUCUACCUGAUCGCAGCCGACACACACAUCAGGUGCUACAGAGCACUCCACUGGACUUGUUAGAGACAGGGAAGGGGCUUAAGGUUCAAGCAGAACGUCCUCAUCUAGUCAGUCUUGGAAGCGGCCGUCUCAGCACAGCCAUUACAUUGUUGCCUCUGCCUGAGGGGAAGACUACCCUGGGCCAUGGAGCCACAGACAUCAACAUUCAAGGCCCUGGAGUUGCAGACCAGCACUGCUUCAUUGAGAAUAAAGCUGGAAUAAUAAUCUUACACCCCUGUGGAAAUCAGUGUACCAUGGAUGGACUUCAGGUCACCAAACCUGUACGACUGUCUCAAGGCUGUAUGCUGUGUUUUGGUCAGUCGUCCUUCUUCCGCUUCAAUCACCCUGAGGAGGCAUACAGAAUGAAGAGCAUGAGGCCAGAAGGACAACAUACAUCUUGCACCAAUAAAGACUCUGGGAGCCUGGUCAAUGGGAACUAUCAAUCAGGAGGACCUGAGUCUCACCCAUCUCGACAAGAGAGAGUGCGCCCUGAGCACAGUGCAAUUGUCAGUUCCAUUGAAAAGGACCUUCAGGACAUUAUGGACUCCUUAGUCAUGGAUGAUCCCCUGCCCUCUUCCUCCUCCUGUGAGCCCAACAAGCCAUCCGGUCCUCCUGCUGCUCAGUCCCCUCUGUCGCCUGUGCUGAAUGGAGGUGGCCGCUAUCUUCUCUCGCCCCCCACGAGCCCUGGUGCUAUGUCAGUGGGCUCUAGUUAUGAAAAUACCUCUCCACCUUUCUCCCCUCUAUCCUCGCCCUCAGCUGCAAGUAGUGGGAGCUUUAACAGCCCCUCGCCGAGUGGUUGCCAGGACCAGAUUCUUUCUCUUCCUCCAGUACCAGUCAGGUCCUCCAGUUACAAUUACACAAGCCAGCCACCCAUACCUCAGCCUCGGACUAUGCUGCCUAACCCGAAGGUGCCUGAGAGCCCUCGGCUCCAGAGAAAGGCUCUCCUGGAAGCUCCGCCAAGCCCUAAACCAGCCCGGAGGGGGCUGAGUCAGGAUAACGCAGUGGGGAAGUCUCCAGACAGCUUGCGACUGCCCCCAAUGUUGCCUUGCGCAUCAGUACCUUCAGUAUACAGUGAUGUGCCAUCUAUCAGGCUAGCAGUGCCAGCCAGCCCCAAACUGACUCCAAAAUUCACCACCCAAUCAUCCUUGUCUCCGCCUUGUAGUCCCAGGGUAAAAAUGACUAGCAAUUCACAGGAUCAUCCACUCAGUCAGUUUCAAGAUCAUUCACAGCCAGAUCGCUCACUCACUUCAAGCCCUGCACAGCUUCUCUCUCCUCCUUCUCGGGCAUUCCAACCCCCAUUGGACCCAAUUGUUCAUAUAAUCCAGGGUGGGCAGCCACAGCCCCACUCACUUCAACCUCCAGACAGUCCUCGGCUGGCCCGCAGGAAUUUGGAACCUGGCUGUGGCAGCAACAUGAGGGAUCUACCACCUCUUAGCCCCUCCCUGGCACGUAGAGGAGUACCUGUACUGCCAGGGGCACUUCCAGGAACCCUCUCAACUUGGUCCUCAGAGAGUCCAACUGCCAAGAUAGUUCCAGAGUCUCCCAGACAAAGACGCAAGGCUUCCUCUCCAUCUCAGGAGCUCUACAGUCCCCGACUGGUGUGUGCCCGCAGCCCCUCGCCCACCUUCGGGCUGCCAGAUGGUGCUGGACGCAAAGGGAGCUUUGGGAACACUCUAUCUCCUGCCUUUAGUUUGGGCUCUUUGCCUGGGUCCUCCCCCUUAGCCAGUCCUAGGAACCACAGGAAAAUGUCAGCGGGACACAAAGACUUGCGGAUGGGCCACCCGGGCAUGAGAGAGCGCAAGAACAGCAUCACGGAAAUCAGCGACAAUGAAGAUGAGCUACUGGAAUAUCACAGGCGCCAGCGUGAGGAGCGCCUCAGGGAGCAGGAAAUGGAAAGACUGGAGCGGCAGCGGCUGGAAACCAUCCUGAACCUCUGUGCCGAGUACAAUAAGAAUGAUGUCCCAGACAUGAUGGGUGUCUCGCAACUCAGCAGGACACAGAGGCAGCGGGAGAGUGAUGAGGAGAACCUGAGGGAGGAGUGUAGCAGCACAGAGAGCACACACCAGGACAUGAGGACUCCACACAACCUUCAAAAUGGAGAAAGCACACAGAUGGAGGGGAUGUCAGGAAACGGGAUGAGACUGGAACUAAGUUAUCUGGAGGAGGAACGUGUGCGAGUGCUGGCGAGGGUCGACGAGCUGAAGGCUCGGCUCAUGGAGCUGGAACAGCAGCUCCAGGAGAACAAGCAGGAGGCGGAGAUGGAAAGGGCGUUGCUACAGGGUGAGAGGCAGGCGGAGUUGAGCCAGAUCGAGACCGAGACUGACAUCAUCACACAGCUGCAGCACAAAGUCAGCGAACUGGAGAGCGCCAUCCAGAGGGAAAAGGACAAGGACAGGGCGAACGUCGACAGCCAGCGGGAAGCCCUGGAGAGGCUUCAGGACGGCUACAAUGAGCUGAAGAGCCAGCUGCAUAACUGCCCCGAGUCACUAAGGGAGCAGUUACAGGAGCAAGUCAAAAGGGAAGCAGAAACCCUGGAGGCUGAAACAAAGCAAUUUGAGGAUCUAGAAUUCCAGCAGCUGGAGAAGGAGAGCAGUCUGGAGGAGGAGCGUGAGACUAUUUCCCAGCAGCUCCUUCAGGAGAAAGCACAGUAUCAGAGCAGUGUGGCUAAGCGAAAGGAAAAGGUUUCAGCUCUGGAGAAGCAAGCCAAUCAGCUGGGUCUGCAGGCUGCCCAGGAGUGUGAAAAGCUGGCUAAGGACAGGAGUGUGACCCUGCAGCUUCUUCAGAAGGAGAAGGAGAGGCUGGCAGGACUGGAGAAGCGAUACUUCAGCAUGACUGGUGGCAGGACUUUUCCUAAAGGCUCCAGCACGUUAAAGGAGGUGUUUCGCUCCAGGCUAGACAGCGAUGCCAGUCAAUCCUCACAGAAGCCAAAACUGAGUGCUGGACUUUCCCCACCUUACACCACAGCAACACUCGGCCGCAACACUCCCUCCAGGAGUCCCAUAAUUGUAACCAACAGCACUGGAAGUCUCCCCCGCAACCUUGCAGCCACUUUACAGGACAUUGAGAUAAAGAGGCAGCUGGCACUGCAACAGAAAGACUGCUUGCCAUCAUCGCCUGAGUUCUCCGCCAUGGACAGUCCCACAGGUCAGCAGGUGAUCGAGGAGCAGCGGCGGCGUCUGGCCGAGCUGAAGCAGAAGGCUGCAGCCGAAGCUCAAUGCCAGUGGGAGGCGCUGCAUGGCUCCCACACGCAUCUAAGUGGCUCUCCCACUCCUCCACUGGUCCAUCACUCCAUACUGCACCACACAGCACCCUCUGCUGGAGAGGACAACUACGACACGCUCAGUUUGGAGAGCUCGGACAGCAUCGACACCAGUGUCUCCACCAGCAACAACUCCGCCUGCUCGCCCGAUAACAUGUCCAGUGCAAGCGGGCUGAAUGCGCUGAAAAUCGAAGAGAUGGAGAAGCUGCUUAGGGAGGCUCAUCUGGAGAAGGCCAGACUCCUCGAGUCCAAGGAGCGAGAAAGCCAGGCACGUAAACAGAUGCUGCAGGAGGAGAGGAAGAGGAGAGAGGAGGCCGAGAAGAGGCUGCAGGAGGAAACGGUGCACCGGCAGCAGCUCAUUGAAAAGGAGGUGAAGAUGAGAGCAAAGAAUUUCUCUCAGGCUCGGCCCAUGACGCGCUACCUUCCCAUCCGCAAAGAGGAGUUUGACCUGCGCUCGCACGUGGAGUCGUCGGGUCACAACGUGGAGACCUGCUACCACAUCAUCCUCACAGAAAAGAUGUGCAAGGGCCACCUGGUUAAGAUGGGCGGAAAGAUUAAAUCGUGGAAGAAACGCUGGUUCGUCUUCGACCGUCUUAAACGCACGUUCUCCUACUACGCCGACAAGCAUGAGAGCAAGCUGAAAGGAGUGAUCUAUUUCCAGGCCAUUGAGGAAGUUUACUACGACCAUUUACGCAGCGCCUCGAAGAGCCCCAACCCUUCUCUGACCUUCUGUGUAAAGACCCACGACAGACUCUACUACAUGGUGGCUCCGUCUCCAGAGGCCAUGAGGAUCUGGAUGGACGUGAUCGUAACGGGAGCCGAGGGCUACACGCAGUUCAUGAACUAAAGAGGACAUAAAGAAAAACCACACGGUUGCACCAGGGAAACUUCAACAGACUCACUCUUCUGUUUACCGGCUCUAUCGCUUUGCCAAUGAGGAGGAAAAAGCCUUUUUAUUUUUCGUUUUGUAUUACGUUCUUUUUAAAUAAGUUGAAUAUGCAUCUCAACUUUGCAGUUCUCAGUCAGACGUAAAAGGUUUUCUACACCUGCAGCUGGAUUUAAAAAAGGGAUUCGUCCAAGAUGCAAGAGGAGCAAACAAUUGUGUUAAAUCACCUUGUGUUUUUGUCUCUCAGUGAUGUUUCAGCUCUCUUUAGUAUUCCUGAUUUUAUUUUACAACUGCUUAAAAAAAUGUGUAUUUCUUUUUUUUUUUUUUCAUUUUUUUUUUUUUUUUUACUUUCUCCACAUUUCCGAUGUGGUAUAGCCAAAUGACGUCAAGCCAUUCUGGACUUUUAAAAUUAUUUGACCUACACACAAUGCAAGCAUUUAUGCAUAUACAGAUCGUACAUGUAGAAAUAAUGUUGAGUGAAUAUAUCAGAAUAGAUUUUUUUUUAAUGGGAAUUUUAGACAACACUCGAUAUCACUGAAAACUUCACUCACCAAAGCUCAUAUCAUCUGUUUUUCCCACUGUAUGUUUCUGUGUAACCAGCAAAACAUCACCUGUAUCUCCACACACACACACACACACACACACACACACACACACACACACACACACACACACACACACACACACACACUGUAAAAGAGAGUCUAUUUUCCAAGCCCUAACUUCAUCUUCAGCCUCACCUUGUUUAGGGGAAGCAGCCAUUUUCAGUACACUGCCACCUAAAGGCUCUCGGUGGAUGAACAUCAUUAAACAACAAAAACAACACUAACCAACUUAACCUUCAUGUAAUAAUGCAAAUCAUUCAGUGCCUUGAUAUUUCUCCACAUUUCAUCACUGCAAUACUGUUAUGAGAAACCUGCAGGACAGCGAAACGCCCGAAAUACAAUCAACUGUUUACUUAAAAA